AAGAAAAAGCAGAAGAAGAAGAAGAAAAAUGAACCGAAGGAACAGCACUGUUCCGCUGUCCAAGUUCUUUACAUCUGACCAGAUCACCGAAAUUCAACGAGCAUUCUCCCUCUUCGACCGUAAUGGUGAUGGUGUCAUCUCGAAAAACGAGCUGGAAAUCGUCCUCAGAGCCCUGGGUGAGCGGCCGACACCUGUGGAGAUGGUGAGAAUCGUGCGGCAGAUCGACCGCAACCGCAAUGGCAGCAUUGACUUUCAAGAGUUUCUCAGCUUCAUGGGCAGGAAGAUGUCUGCGCAGUUGAGUUCACCCACCGACAUUAUCAAGGCCUUCAAAGUGUUUGAUCCUGAGGGAACUGGAUAUCUUACGAGAAAGGAGCUCAUGAGAAUUCUUACCGAGGUCGGCGAAGGCAUGAAACAAGAAGACGCUAACAAAGUCAUGAGCGAGAUCGAAGGAGACAGCCACGGCAGGAUAGACUACAAGAAACUGGUGCACAGAUUAAUGUCUGAUGGAGAACAGGUCAAGGGAUAGAGUCGUUUAGGCACUGCUGGAGGUUCAAGAGAAUUGUAAAAAACUUCAGUUUAUCACUUGUUGUCAAGUUUAAAAGUUUGCGAAUGGCUUGUUUAUUGGACAUGCAGAGUUUGAAUGCUUGUAUAUAAAGACAGAGCCAGAA